AUAAUUUGUCCUCAUAUAUAAAUUUCAACAAACAUGGCUUACUACUUGAAAUCUUGUUUUGUUUUCUUCCUCCUUGCCUUUGUGACUUACACUUAUGCUGCCACUAUCGAGGUCCGCAACAACUGCCCAUACACCGUCUGGGCGGCGUCGACUCCGAUAGGCGGUGGUCGACGUCUGAAUCGAGGCCAAACAUGGGUCAUCAAUGCUCCAAGGGGCACUAAGAUGGCACGUAUAUGGGGUCGUACUGGUUGUAACUUCAAUGCUGCAGGCAGAGGUUCAUGUCAGACUGGUGAUUGUGGUGGAGUCUUGCAGUGUACUGGAUGGGGCAAACCCCCAAACACCUUGGCUGAAUAUGCCUUGGACCAAUUUAGCAAGCUAGAUUUCUGGGACAUUUCUUUAGUCGAUGGAUUUAAUAUUCCGAUGACUUUUGCUCCCACCAAACCUAGUGGUGGGAAAUGCCACGCAAUUCAUUGUACGGCCAAUAUAAAUGGUGAAUGCCCUAACGCCCUAAAGGUACCUGGAGGAUGUAACAAUCCUUGUACCAGGUUCGGAGGACAACAAUAUUGUUGCACCCAAGGUCCAUGUGGUCCUACAGAAUUGUCCAAAUUUUUCAAGAAAAGAUGCCCUGAUGCGUAUAGCUAUCCACAAGAUGAUCCUACUAGCACAUUUACUUGUCCUGGAGGUAGUACAAAUUAUAGGGUUGUCUUUUGUCCUAAUGGUGUUGCUGACCCAAAUUUCCCCUUGGAGAUGCCUGCAAGUACUGAUGAAGUGGCCAAGUAAAUUUGAGUAUCUUUCUUUGUUUAAAUAGCGCUUCAAGUACUCAUGAAGUGCUCUUCUUUGCUUGAACUCAGAAACUUAGUAGCUCUGGUUAAGUACUUGAUGAAUUUUAUCUUUUAUUGGUGAAAGUUCAAUUCUCAUGAAUAAUAUACUUUUUCAUUUCUUUU